CCCAGAUCUCCUUUUCUAAUUCCGCCAAAAUCCCUAUUUCUCUUUGUCCUCUUCUUCUUAACGGCUCUCUCUUUCUCUCUCGCAUUACUCGCACAGUAGUAGCAGCAGCAGAAGAAGAAUGGGAAUGGAGUUGCUGCCCUCAGCAAAUCAAGCGUACGAAGCAGCUGCUGCUGCCGCUGCUGGAGGUAGUGGUGGCGGCGGCGGUGGAUCUCAACACAUUUAUUGCCGUAAACAGAAAUCUCUCGGCCUCUUAUGCUCCAAUUUCUUGAGAUUAUACGAUAGGGAAGGUGUCGAGACUAUAGGCCUUGACGACGCCGCUGCUCGUUUGGGGGUUGAGAGGCGGCGGAUCUAUGACAUAGUCAAUGUCUUGGAGAGUGUUGGUGUUCUUGCUAGGAAGGCCAAAAAUCGCUAUACUUGGAAAGGUUUUGGCGCAAUUCCUUCUGCCUUGCAACUUCUUAAGGAACAAGGUAUGGUGACGAAUGAGAAUGCAAAUGAUGGAACUUCGUCUGUAAAAACUUCAGAUGAUGAGGAGGACGAUACCUACUCAAAUCUUAGCAACUACUCGAGUCAGAAUCACAACUUCAACCCCAUUUCUGCUCCAAAGCUUCCACAGUCAUCCAAAUAUGCUGACAACAGGAAAGAGAAGUCUUUGGCAUUGCUCACCCAAAACUUUGUUAAGCUAUUCCUUUGUAUGGAUAUGGACAUGAUUUCUCUUGAUGAUGCUGCAAAGAUAUUGCUUAAGAAUGGAAAGGAUCCUGCAAUGACAAGAAGUAAAGUCAGAAGGCUGUAUGACAUUGCCAAUGUGUUGGCUUCAAUGAAAUUUAUUGAGAAGACGCAUCAUCCAGAAACAAGAAAACCUGCUUUUAGAUGGUUGGGUAUGAAAGGUAUAUCUGAAAGCGGAGCUGAUCCUUCGGCUAUUGAUGGGUCUAAGAAAAGGGCAUUUGGGAUGGAUCUGACAAAUAUGACAGUUAAGAGGAGUAAGGUGGAACCGGUGGGGGAUGGAGGAUUGCAACAGGGCAUGAAGGUACAACUUAAAGCACAAGUAAAACGUGAGGCUUUGGAAGAUGAGGUUCUUCGACCAAAAUUGCAGACUGACUCAAGAGCCAGCACAAGAAGUUACCGGUUUGGUCCUUUUGCCCCUGUGAAUGCACCGCAAGUUGCAGCUUCUGAGGAUAACAAAGAAACACAGAGUCAUGAUUGGGAAAGUCUAGCAGCUACUUAUCGCCCUCAGUACCAUAAUCAAGGUCCAGCUUCAGCUGCACUCAGACAGUGCCCAUCUACGUCUUUAUCAUAGGCGUUGAACUCUUGUUGUUUGGGAUCCCACCAAAAGUGGCAAGAGUAGGUAGGCUGUCCGGUCGAAUCUGCAAGAAAGACGGUGUUAAAUUCGCUUCUAACUGGAAGCGAUACGUUGCCGAAAUCAAGACCUUUGGAUGAUUGACAAUGAACAACUAAUGCAGGGGAGUCAUUUGUGAGGGAAUUGUUGAUGUGGAGGAACACUUGCUUGUAUGAACCAUCACCCUCAAAUUCAAUGGAGCAAGAAACCUGCAGACGUAAUUGAGCAAGGAAACAAAGAGAAAUGGCAAGCUUGAGUACAAAUUUGCUAGCACUACUCAUGAUGUUAGAUGGUGUUUUCCGUUGGGUGGAUGUGGAUGGAUCUACUCCGGAAGAGCCCUUGUAUACCAGUCCAUUGUGGAAUUACGUUCUUGUUCUUCAUUUUUUUGGUAAAAAAUUUAAUCUUCUUAUUUUCUUUCUAUAGAAAGCUUGUACAUUCAUGUAGGAUGCAUAUCAGCAUAAAUGACGAGGUUUAAUUACCUGGAUAUUGUUCUUCUAA